AUGUCACCGACGCCCGGAGCACAGUCACCAAUGUCGCCGCCGCGGGAACGUCGCCCAACGAUCUCUACGAAGGACCCGCGACUGCGUCACUUUUGGCGCUCCCUGAGGUCUCACUUGCGGCGCGAGAAGGAAGCGGCCAGUCCCGGCGAAAAGUCUCCAAAUGUGGACUCGCCCAAGCAGGCGCCAAGACUGUCCAUGGUCGAUGCUGCAGCUGCGGCGGCGGGUUUCCCCACCCGGAAACGAUUGCAACCCAACGCCGGUAAGAGGCGUUCCGGCUCGUCUUCACCAGCGACCGCUUCGCCCAGCAAGGCACUGUCGCCAAGCCCAAGCAAAGCUGGAUCACCGACUAGAUCCACGAAAGCCGGACGGCGCAGGAGCCGGUCCGCGUCUCGGCUUCGGAAAUGGCAAACACCGACGGGCGGCGAGUUCUCCUCGUCACUGAUACACUACGACACGUCACGAAGCCGUCUAGCGAAAAGUUCACCCAAGAAGCUACCGUCCUCCAAGCAGACCGUCCUAGCCGUCGCCUUUAUCACCGUUAUAUUCGCUGUCGUCCUCAUAGCCAUCGUGUGGCAUCUCAUCGGCCUUGUCAAGGUAGAUCCUCAGCACGGUUCCGGUGCCGCUGCAAACAAAGGAAACGCCAGCAUGGGGAGUCUGCGUUCGAGGGCGCACGCAGUCGCUACUGUAGCCGAGGCCUACUCCACCUUCGUUCGAGACGCCGUCGACAGAAGCGCCGAUCCGUGCGACAAUUUCUACAGGUUCGCCUGCGGAUCGUGGGCCCAGAGUCACCCCGAGACGUCGUCGGCCAUAGAAGCCCUCGUUUCAUUCGUCAACGCAGCUUUGUCGAAAUUGCGCGAAGCCAACGCCUUGAGCAUGAAAGGAGAACCGAUAGGCAAAGCUGCUGGCUACUUGGAAAUCUGCCUCGCUCCGGAUGAAGGCACCGCCAUUGUCGACCUCACGGCCGUGCUUGCGGGCGCAGGAUUGACCUGGCCAGACAGGAGCGAAGGAUCGGACUUCCUGUCUACCGUGUUUUUCAUGGCUAAACGCGUGGCACUGCCGGUAUUCUUCGACGUCGACGUGUGUCUUCGAGGCGGGAAAGGCGGACGUCGCGUGCUGACGUUUACCACGGAUGCGACCUUCAAGUCAGUCUUGAAAAGGCUUUACAACCUGAUCUCGUCUCUACACGUGGUGUCCUACCUCCGCGUCGCUUACGAAGCCGUGGCAGGCCGUGGCGUCAACGAAACCCGUUUCGCGGAGAUCCUGGAGGUCAUCGCCAACGCGACCGACGUGUUCGACGUGUACCUGCAAUCCAGCGGCAAGCACGAAGUCGUGAUGAACUGGACGUCCGUCUUCCAGCAUACAACGCCGUUGAUUGCGGAGGGCAAGUGGAAUGCGGUUCUUCAGCAGUACACAAGGACUUCCACUUCCGACGUAAAGUCGGUUGCCGUGCCCGACUUCAGGUCAUUCGCUGCCGUACUUGGCUUUCCCAAUAAUUACGGGGAAGCCGCGGCGAAAGACCUGCUCGGCUUUCUGGCUUUCCAGGCGGCCAUCUUUUAUACAAAUGCGCACCUACGCGAUAGUUUCUUCGCGUCUCCGGAAGAAUCCGUCAGGCAGCACAGACUGCAAUGCUUCCGUGACACGUAUCGGUUCUUCCGGAAUGCCGUGAACAAAUUUCUUCUCAACGGAACCGAGGAUUCAACAAAAGAGGUCGUCACAGUCGCGCGCAGAGUGAAGAGCACAUUCUUGGGAGCUUUCCACGCUGGAAGCAAGUCCUACGGAGCUCUUCCUGAGCAGACACGUUUCGUCGACGACAGUCUUAAGACCGCGUUGGCUCUCCUGGCCCCAUCGGAAGUCGACGCUGACCGGUUUGCGUAUGAAUCUUACCCCAACGUGAGCCUACAGCGACCUCUACUGAACCAUAUCGCGUUCGCAGAGCAUCUGGCGCGAGUCGGAGCCCGCGUGGAGCCGGGUACGGUCGUUGCCGCUGCCGUGGAAAGCCAUCGUCCCUGGCACAGCUUGGACGAUUACUUCUCGGUGUCGUACCGAAGAGUUGUUCUGAAUCCGUAUCAUCUGCGUUUCCCCUGGUACGUCGACAGGGCACCGCGAUCCGUCCUUUACGCGGGGAUUGGUUCACGCUUGGCAGCGACGCUGCUGUUUGACUGCGUCGACAAGAGUUCCGAAUGUCGCGCUGUCCUGGACGACAACCGAGGGUGCCUCGCGACGAACGAGACAGGUCACCACGUGACAUCCAUCGAAGACCUCCAGGCAGCCUUGGCGGGCAUCAGCGUGGCUUGGCGGGCUGUGCGAGACGACGUCGACAACGCGACUCGGUACGCUGUCGAGGCGUCCUCUCAGCACACGGCGGACGGCGUGUUCUUCAUCUUCGCCUGCUACUACUUCUGCGGCGAGGACGGUGGGGAAGACAUGUGCAAUUUUCCGCUGAAGCACGUCGCGGGUUUCGCCCACGCAUUUGAGUGUCCAUCUGACUCUCCCAUGAACCCUGAGCGAAAGUGCUCCAUACUCGCGUAGAAUAUUUCCUUGACCAGUUAAGUUCUUUCUCGACUACUGGGCGAGUACACAGCCGAAAACGUGGCUUUAGAAUGCACAUUAUGUAAUCCUCGGGAAGGAAAGCGUUAUGCUUUUGUUGUGUAUAUUCAACGAAAAACUUGCAUUACGUGUGGCGCCGCCUUGUGAAUAUCGACAUAUUUGUUUUACAUAUGCGGCAAUGAGUAAGAAGGUGAAAGUGAGGCAAUUGUCAAUAUUUUCGUAGUAUCUUUGUUCCCAUCGGCCGAAAAAAAAAACGCGAAGGUGGCGGCACCUUUGUCAAUGUUGUUUCCUUCAACAGGGAGUUUUGCAUGCCAGAAAUACGAUCUAACUGCGAUGUAUGCUGCACUGCGUAG